GGGUAAUGCCACAGUGGAUACUGACUGCAUCAUUCAGAUGAAGACACUCUUGCUGAGCAGCAGUGUCACAGAGCAGAAGUCAUUCCAGCAAUGUGAAAUGUGGAAGGGUCCAUCUGCAUCCAUACUGUGGUGUUGGCUGGGUCUUCUUCAUCAUCCCACAUCCAUCGAAGCUCCACUAGAAAGUUUCAGAAAGUCUGACAGCUUUCUCUCCAUUUUUUCAUGCAAAUAUACCAUGUUCUUUUGAUACAAGACAAAUUCUUACAGUUUGUUUUAGCAUCAGUGGCCUUUAGUUGCAGUAGGUAAGGAAGAAUAUUGGCAGAGUGAAUGGGGGAACACACGGGACAUUUUUUGAGCAGUUCACAGUAAUACAUUUUGUAGACAGUACAGCAGUGGGACUUAAUUAAGGUUUGAAUGUAAGGGUUCUUCCAAUAUAUUACUUGCCUAAUUUCUCAAGUGUUUCAGACAUUUUUCAGGUUCCAAAAUCAAACUCAGAGUAGCAGAAGAAGCAUCUCCUGAGACCAACUUUUCACCAUGGUUGUCCCAAAAUCACCAGAUAGGACAUUGUCCCAAAGCAGCCAUUUGGGAACACAUGGCAGUCAGCACUAUGGCUCGGUCCAAUCCUUCUCCCAGCUCUCUGGAAGCCGUUGUGGCUCUCAUGGAAGUUUAUCUCCAGUCAAUGAUGGUUUGGAGGGCGAAUCUCAGGACUGCAGUGAGUCAGACCCUCUGCUCUCUGAUGAGCAUCCGAAUGUGUCCAGAUUCAGCAGAUCCAUGAGAGAAAAGGAUGCACAAGUUUCAAGUGGACCCAAAGAAUCGGUGUGCUCCAUGGUGUUACAGAUUCUGGUGCCGUUUGUGCUGGCCGGGUUCGGGACGGUUUCUGCUGGGAUGCUGCUUGAUGUUGUGCAGAGCUGGGAUGUUUUCCAGGAGAUCUCUGAGAUCUUGAUUCUGGUCCCAGCUAUUUUAGGUAUGAAAGGGAAUCUGGAAAUGACUAUGGCAUCGAGACUGUCCACUGCUGUAAAUGCCAGGAAAAUUGAUUCUACCAAAGAAAUGUGGAUGCUGAUUGGUGGAAACCUUGCACUUAAACAGUUCCAAGCCACAGUUUUGGGUCUGUUGGCUUCUCUUAUGGUGACUCUGCUGGGUUGGAUAGCAGAUGGACAGAUGCCCUUCAGCCACAUAGUACUCCUUUGUUCAACCAGCCUCUCUACCGCCGUUUUGGCAUCACUGCUACAAGGCAUCGUUGUUGUGGGAGUGAUCUUUGGCUCCAAGCGGAUGGGGAUCAAUCCUGAUAAUGUGGCCACGCCCAUAGCAGCCAGUUUUGGCGACCUUAUCACGCUUUCUUUGUUGGCAUGCUUUAGUCAGUGGUUCUACUCCUUUAUGGCCAGUCACAUCCUGCUUCGUUCAGGCUGGGAACCAAUCAUUACAGCCAUGGUCAUCAGCAGUAUUGGAGGGCUUAUUCUGGACAAGACUGUGUCAGAUCCAAACUUGAUUGGAAUUGUACUUUAUGCACCGGUAAUAAAUGGUGUGGGCGGGAACCUGGUGUCCAUACAAGCUAGUCGGAUUUCAACUCAUCUGCAUUUGAAUUGUUCUCCUGGGGAGCUCCCUGUAGGCUCCAGAAGUUGUUUCAACCCCUUUCAAACCUUCUUUGGCUCAGGUGCACACUGCCGAUCUGCUCAGGUUCUGCUCCUUUUGGUUCUUCCUGGUCAGCUGAUUUUUGUACACAUUAUUCAUGUGAUAAAAGGAGGCCUAACGCUGCCCAGUCUUCUUUUCACUGUAUUAUUCCUAUCUGCUUCUUUGAUACAAGUCUUCUUGCUGCUUAUUGUUGCUGACUGUCUGGUCCACUGUCUGUGGAGGAGGGGCAAAGACCCAGACAGUUACUCCAUACCUUACCUCACAGCCCUGGGAGAUCUUCUGGGAACGGCUCUCCUCUCUCUUGCUUUUCUCUUGCUGUGGUGUAUUGGAGACUCAUGAAGUGAAUGGAUUACAGAUAAUAACCAAACAAUGACAAGCGCAGGCAAAGACAUAGAACAGCAAAAUAUUCUUAAAACUCAUAGAGGUGAGAGGGAGUUCAAGAAAACAAAGUGUCAGAAAAAUGGCUAGCAAAGAUAAUAUUUAUUGUUGGGCUAGGAUCAGCAUCUGAAGAUCUAAACCUAACCCUAACAGCAAACAUAGGUUUGAAUUUAUUCUUGAAGAAAGUUUGAUACAUACUUGUCUCUAACUUCUCUGUAGCUUUAGGUGAUAAUCUAUAUUGAACAUUAAACAUUACUUCUGUAAAUCAAACAAGGGAUUUACAGAAGAGAAAACCCCACAUUUUAGUUAAUGGAAGUUGAAACAUUUUAGUCUAUAGGAGAUCAAAACACCUCAUCAUUGGCUAUUCUAAAUUUUCUCUCUUAUUUUAUUCAGGUAUGAGAACAGAAUUUUUCUUCCAUUUAAAUCAAUCGUUUAAGUUUUCUAAAGAAAAUCAAAGAAUAUGCAUGUUAAAGAGGACUACUUGACAACCCAUGGGGUUGUUAAGCAUUGAUGCUUGUUAUGCUUAACAACCUUCUAACAUAUUCCAGACAGAUUGCUGCUGACAUCAUACAUUUGAAUGAACUGCAAAACCGUGAAACAUUUUUUCCAAAACAAAGACAUUAGUAACUAGUCUGACUCACUCUGCUCCUUUAACGCCGAGACUCGGCCAAACUCCUUCUUGAACAUCACUGCUAUGCCUGCUCCCAUGCGACUGUCUUCACUGAUGCAGUGGGCCAAGGAUUCCUCAUGUGGACAGGAGAACAAAUCUCCGGUGACAUACUUCAAUGUCCACUUGGUUGAUCGAUAGAGUUUCUCAGUUUUGCACAUGUUGAUACUUUCUUCAAGCACGUCUUGGAGAAAAACUAUAACAAUGAAGUACCAGGUUGGCAACAGCGCUUACAAGAGCCUUGCUUAACUCUUCUCCAUCUGUCCCAACACUAGGCUGUCUCUCUCUGUUCCUCAAAGCACCACCCACUUUAGCUGAAUUUCUUUUCCACAUUUGUUCAGGGGAUUUUAAUCCCAGUUUAUAGUAAACUACAAUAAGAGGGAUUUUCUGUUUGCCUCAAAAAUAAGCUUUUGGUGUUACAAAAAAAUAAAAAAUAAACAAAAAAAAUACUAGUCUUUGCUUUCAUUCACCCAUAAAACAUUACUCAUCAUUUCUCUUCCGUCCAGUCAGUUGGGCAAAUUUUUUAACUCAAUUCUGUUGAUUUAUAAAAUGCUAAUUUACAAUAGCUAA